UGCUGCCGUGUAAGAAGGCUGAAUCACUGUAUUUACCCGGUCAAGCGCUAAUAAUGACCCACCCCCACUUCAUUAACCACCGUGUAUUCCACUGUUUCAUACCCAAGAGGGCAUUUCAGAAUUCACGAUUUUCAGACUUCGGGUUGCUUGUUUCCGUUGUCACCAUGUUCACUUUAUGUGUACUUCCGAUUGAUGCAGUUCUGAAGAAAACCCUUUGGGUCUUCUUUCACGCUAGAGCUGCACGCGUUAGUGCCUCUGUACCACAUUUCCCACGUUUCAUCAUUCCCAUUGCAACUCGUGAUCAGUGGAAACAAGUACGCGUCAAAACACACCAAGAUUCGGAGUGCUUUACAUGUGCGCUAAGAAGGCGAAACUGAUCGUGAGCUGCUACCUAUUCACUGCACCCCUCUCUGUGACCCAGGAGUAGACUCCGAAUAUUCACAAGUUACUGAAUACUUGGGCAACACAUUGUUGCCGAUCUUGUGGCGUAGAGUGCAUUGAGCCAAUGCCGCUCAAAGUUCCCAUCAAAUCACUUUCUUCAAAAGACCCCAAGUAUUGCUUAUUCUGACCUCACAUGUGCGAUUCACAGGAAUGGCGGAAGCAUGUAGACUCACUGAAUUUUGAGGCAUUUCUUGAUUUCAUUGCUUCAUCAUUGUCACGCCACUGUCCAACACAUGAAGGUGAGUAUACAGUUCUCACAACCAUGUUGUGCCUCUUACUUGUGAUAUCACCCUCCAGUCCUCCGCAUAGGUUGAUUGGAGCUGACAGGAGAUCCCACCUGUGCUCAAGUGCUGUGGGUUGUUUCGCGCUGUGGAAGCGUAGAAACCUGAAGAAGCAAGAAAUGUCUUGACACCGAAAGCUUACCCUAAUAGUACAGCCACUUAUUAGAAGCCCAUUGCGAACAGUUUAUAUCGACUUCUCAAAUGCGGAGAAGCCACGUACUUCCAUCGGCGCUCGAAGUCCAUUGCAGCCAGUUCUUUUAUUUUCGUCAGUAGGCUUCAGGCUGGUGGAAUCCAGCGUCUCU